UUCCCCCAUCUCCCUCACAUCGUCUUUCAGUUCAUCCCCCUCCCAAUUGACCCUCUGACCCUCUCUCCAGCUGUGGUCGCUCAACCCCUCUCUCCAGCCGCCGUCUCCACCGGUCAGCACCGCUGCCGCUGCCACACCCCCGACAAAAACCCCUCUCUCCUCCGACUUUGGUCUCAGAUACUCCUGCUCCUAUCAAUCAAACCCCCCGACGAAAACCCCUCUCCUCCGACUUUGCAUCUCCAGCCAUGGUCAAGUCGCUGUGUCUCUCUCUCGCUCACUCCUGCUAGAUUGCAUCAUGGGUCCUGGAUCAAGAAAGAGUAGUGCAUCCUCCAACUCGAGUAUCACAUCGCAUAAAAUUGCAGAACUAAGACUUGGUACAGCAGCUACACCUACUCCGCAGCCAGAAGCUACAACAUCUAUUCCUCCUUUUGUGGCAUCUACUCCUUCGAGUGUUCCAUCUCCUUCUACCCAUACAAGUGUUGCAGCUGCACCUUCAAGAACGCAGCGACAUGUGCGGGGGCCUACACUUGGAAAAAGAGUUAGAAGGUUGAUUGAUGGCAAGGAUGGGACGAGGCUCCCAAUUUAUGUGACACAAGAAAUGAGAGCUUUUUGCGGGCAAAAUGCAACUAAAGUGGCGAACGACUUGGGGUCACAAAUUAGGAGGAUGUGCUACCCUACUGCUGACAGUUUUUGCCACUCGUGGCCAAGUGUUCCUUUGGGGCUGAAAAUCGCCAUAAUAUAAGCCGUACGGGACAAAUUUGAAGUCACCGAAGAUAAUGUUGAGUUCACUCCGUUAGUUGAGAAAGUUUUUUAGCACAAAGCCGACUUACUCUACAAAGACUGGAAAUGGAGAAUGAAUGAUCAUUAUGAAAAGACAAAGGCUCAUUAUGAAAAGACGAAGGAAGAUGACAAAAACCCAUAUCAGCUUCCUUUUACCAAAGACAUAAGCCUGGAUACUUGGAAGUUCAUGAUUGAUCAUAUAUUCAACGAUCUAGAUUGGAAGCCCCUCAAAAUAGCUGGCAAAAAAAAUAGAAAUGCUCCGGUAGAUGGUUACUCUGUUGCUUCUCGUGGUCAUACUUUGGGUUCUCGAUCAUUUGCUGCUGCAAUCACCACUGAGCCAGACAAGCCUAAUGGAAAGGUGCCAGAUUUGUGUGAGAGAUACCAAGCAUCACAUACAUUGAAAGAUGGUGGAUGGAUCGAUCCUCAAUGUGAGGAGAUACAUGCGAGGAUGGUGGUCAAGCGGGACGAGGCGUCUCAAUCAAGAUGUCCGCUGACGGACGAAGAACUUUCAAGGAUUUGUCUUGGGGAAGCAAAGUAUUACGUAAGGGGAUUUGGGGUUGGCCCGAGGCCUUCAUCCUUCUCUUCCCAAUCCCGCUCCAACUCAGCACGGCAAGAGCUGCAGAAAGUCCAAUCCGAGAUGGAGUUACUUCAUGAGAAGCGACGAAGAGAACAGGAGGAGUAUGAAAGGCGGUGGGAGGAGGAGCGAAACCGGCGUGACGAGGAGCAAAGACAACAGGAAGAGCAACAAAGGCAAAGAGAUGAGGAGCUAAGGCUAAGAGAUGAGCAAAGGCAACGUGAAUUUGAUGAACUCAAAGCCAUGAUGAUGAGCCAAAUGCAUGGACGAGACAAUGUGUGAUUGAGGUGAUGGUGGGAAAUAUUCGAUAUUGAAGUAUCUGGCAUCUCGUUAAGGACUAUAUAUGAAGAAAUUGGAUUUUUGCCGUGGAUUCUACCAUAAUCUAGUUUUCUCGCUAUUGAACUUUCCUAUUAUUUUGCGCUCUAGGGCUUGGAUAUGAUAUGUUUGAUGCUAUGAACACUUUUCGUGGUACGAUUUUUUGUUAUUUUGUACUCCACGGAUUUGGAUACUAUUUAUUAAGUAUUUGGUGAACACCUUUUAUUUAUGAAAGUUAUGAAUGAAUUGUUCUUGAA